AUGAAGGCUUCCUGUUUCAUCCUCGCCGGCGUUUUCGCUUGCCACGCCAUCGCAGAUGGUGGCUACGCGAAAAAUUGCCGAAAUAUGACGCUUGUCGACCUGGAUGAUCCUCAUGUCGGCCUGAAGGCAUCUUGCAAGGUUGGAAAUAAAGACCAAUGUUCAAUCCUUGAUCUAUGGCAAUGUUAUGGAACUGACAAUGGCAUACUGAAACCUCAAGACAAGGGUAACCUCCCUAGAUGCCGAUCAUGUAAACUUGACGGCACGGUUUUAGAAUGUGAGUGCCGCACUGAUCGAAAAGGGCGCCAUCACACCAGCUCUGUAGAUACGAACGAUCUUAUUGUCAACGACAACGGAGUCCUCAAAUGCUUCGGCAAUAGAGCCACCACGCCUGAUAACUGUGCCCAAAAACAAUCAAGUGGAUGUGGUAGUAACCGCUCCCUUGUUACUCUAGGAUAUGCCCUAUCUUUCUGCGGUCUUGCCCUCAUCUGGGUUUGA